AUGACAACUGACCAAUCACGGGAAGGCCAAUUCAUCACCAUGACCUGGACCAAUGUUGUCCCAGAGAUCUUCAACUCACCACGCAGCUUGACUGGUACCUCAUCCUACACAGAACUGUUAUCGCCAUUCUAUCCUAGUAUGUUACCUUCAGAUCUGGCUAUGGCCUGGGACAUCACUGCGGCAUCACCUGGACAAAUUAUCACAGUUAUGUUUGAGGAAGUAAGUUUGGAAAUUGGAAGCUUUUUGGAAUUAUACGAUAGAGAUAUGACCAAUGCAGUACUAUCUGCUGUCCGCUCUGUUCCGAAUCCAGCCAUGUAUAUUUCGUAUAGCAGUACCAUCAGAAUCUAUCUGUCUUCCUCUACUGUCUAUCAAAGUAGUACUAGUGGCUUCAGACUCAAGUAUAAGGAAGGAUGUAUGGACAUCACCUUCAACCCAGCCAUUAGUGGUACAAUUAGGACACCAGGUUUUCUGACUGGGGCAUACCCUCGUGGUGUUACCUGUACCUGGAACCUAAUUGCACCUCCAUCAAGGAUCUUAACAGUCAGGAAAUCAUCAUUUAAUCUUUUUGAAAAUGCUGACUUCAUGAAGGUUUACAAUAGCAGUAACUCUCCUCUUCAUCCUGGGAGUGGCUAUACUGGGUUAAUUGACAGUCCGAUAGUCGCACGGUCAGACUUUCUUAAGAUUGAGUUUUUGUCGGACAAAGUGAGAACAGGAACUGGUUUUGAACUGGAAUAUUCCGUUGACUGUGAGCUUUGGACGCCAUCCACAGGGACAGUUAUCGAGAACGAAGGGCCCUAUCCAUCAUUUCUAAGCUCACGUUCUGUCAGUUGUGAAGAAGGUUAUUCUUUCAUGCAAGAAGAAUACAGCUUUGGUACAUUAACUAUGAUGUGUAAUGCAGGAGGAGAAUGGAACGUUUCUCGCAUCCCGGAAUGCUCGAUUAAAUACUGUCCUAUUCCACCAAAGGUGUCGAAUGGCUGGAUUAGUGCAGCAUCUGGAGAAGUACAUGUUGGUGCAAAUGUUACAUAUGUGUGUGAAGAUGGUUUUGUGUUGAGCAAUUCUGCCACCAUCAAAUGUAAGACAGAUGGUACAUGGGAGAACCCACCUACAUGUUCAAGUACAAGCUGCAACACUUUGCCUAAUGUUUUGAAUGGUUACACAAAGAAUCUGACUGCCACUCUAAACCAAUAUGGGGACGUCCUAGAGUACAAGUGUAAUGAAGGAUAUGAGACAGUUGGUCUGACUUUCGCAUACUGUCGGACAAAUGGGACCUGGUCUCACGAUGAACCAACUUGUAAAGCAAUAACCUGUCCACUGGUUCCGGUGAUGUAUGCAAAGUGGUCGCAGACGGAAGGUGUUCCUUUUGGUAAUGCAGUAUCACUUACCUGUUCUGAUGGCUUUAAGUGGAAUGUGACCAGUUCACCACAAAUUUCUGUCACAUGUUUGGCUGAUGCAACAUUUUCCAACAUGGAGGAAUGCAUCGAUGUUAAUGAAUGUACAGCUAGUUUAGACAACUGUACUCAAUAUGAGGACUGUGAUAACACUAUUGGAGGAUUUAAGUGUAACUGUAAAAAGGGCUUCUUCAGGAAUUCAACAUCUUCACUUUGUCAAGAUAUACUGGAGUGCUCAGUAAACAAAGGGGGUUGCAGUGAUACCUGUAUUGAGGAGGUGCCGGGAUAUUCCUGUAGUUGUCCUGCUGGCCAUGAACUGUACACUGAGCUCAACCAAAACAACAUCAGCAUAUCCAGUGUAGAAACUGGUCUUCGGGAGGGAGACAAAAUCUACAUUAACCAUACCUGUGUCCGUAUGUAUUCUGAAAAACCUGUGACUCGCUUUCCCAUCCGAGUAAUGGACAGCGUCUGA